CGCAAUACACACGCUUCAAGCAGUAGCCAAGCUAUCCCAUGCCAUAUACACAUACAUAUUUACAUGCAUACGUAUUAUCCAUAGCACUCCUUGAUUGUAGCCAUUGACCAGAGAGAGAGACGCUCAAUUCAUUUGAUAGCACUUCUUGCGUACUUAUUACUAAAGGAAGAAAUAAGCCAUUCACGUGACCAAGAGUUGAGAAUAAGACGAGGAGGACGACAAAGAUAAAUAUCCAUUCAUUGUUUUACAUGAGCAAUAAGUUUUAAACAUGAAUUUUAAGCAAGUAUCAACGUCGUGUUGAAAUAAGUCAAUUUUGAGAAGUUACAUACUUAAUAGUGCAAAGAAAGGGGAACGAUUUCUACGAGUUAUUUCGCAAUGAAUGUCCGAGAGAAAAUAGCAGCUCGGAGCGAGCAUCAUCAGCCCAAUGGUGUUGACGGUGAGGGUGAGAACGGUCACAUGACCUACUUUGACCAGGACGGGAACAGACAAGAGGACGUGAAUCUGGGGGAGGAGAACCGAUGUGGGUUUGGGUGUUGCAGCCCCGACUGGAUCCAAGGGCUGGCCUCCAAGAAGGCCUUCCUCGUAGUCUUCUCCUUCCUCUCGGUGAUCCAAGGAAUGACGUGGGCUUACUUCACGGCCACCAUCACCACGCUCGAAAAACGCUUCAAAAUCAGCUCACAAACGGCGGGAAUUAUAAUGACAGGGAACGAAAUUAGUCAAAUUAUGUUUGCCAUUCUGCUGUCGUACUACGGUGGGCGAGGACAUCGGCCAAGAUGGAUUGCGGUUGGAAUACUUUUCUCUGCCCUGAGCGCCUUCGUGCUCGCAUCUCCCCACGCUUUCUACGGCCCGGGGUCCGAUGCUCUGAGUUUGACGAUGGAGUACGCCAAGGACUACGAUCCCACGUGGGAGCCUCCCACCACCACCACCACCACGCCUUCCUCCCUCCUCCAAACCUUCACCAAUGGCAGCGAGGUCCCGAAAGGGGGAGGAAUGCUGACCAAGAUUCAAGUUUGUCAGCUGGAUGGUCGUGGAAAUGGAAGGUCAGACUGUGACGCGGCAGACUCAUCAAAAGUCCCCUUAGUGCUCAUCUUCAUUUCUCAGUUUAUCAUGGGGAUUGGAGUCCUCCUGUUUUUCACUCUAGGCGGGCCUUAUUUGGACGACAACGUGGAAAAAACUCAAAGCCCAAUGCUUUUCGGUGUGACGAUGAGUUUGCGUCUCAUCGGCCCCACGUUCGGUUUUUUGUUUGCUGGGAUGUGUCUCAAGAUCUACAUCAGUCCCACGCUGACACCGAUCGUGCAGUUGGGAGACCCUCGCUGGCUGGGGGCGUGGUGGUUGGGCUGGGUCGUUCUGGGCUCCAUCAUGACCUUGACGUCCUUCACGAUUGCCAUGUUUCCCCGUGAGCUGCCCAGUGCCGUGUUGAGAAGGAAACUGAAGGAUAACAUGAGAGGGAGUCAAGCCUCGCUGGCCAGAAUUGGCUCACAAGUCGCGGUCUCCUCCACGGCGGAGGCAACGACAGAAAACGCAAUACCAAAGUUUUCCGAGAUUCCGCACGCUGUCACUGUCCUGAUGAAGAACAAGGUGAAUCUCUUCAACAACUGCGCCGCUAUAUUUUACCUCUUCUCCGCCAUCGGAUAUUGGACCUUCAUGCCGAAAUAUCUGGAAACGGUGUUUAUGCAAAAUGUGGUCAACGCGUCCAUCAUUUCUGGUAUGAUCAGUAUCGCUUUCCAAUCGAUUGGCCUUCUCCUGAGCGGGUGGCUUAUCUCCAAGUAUCAACCCAGAGCGAGGUUGCUUGCCGGAUGGAACGUCAUCAUUUCGCUCCUCUACGUCCUCGUCAAGAUCUCCUUCACGCAAAUGGGGUGUCACCAAGGGGCUCCGAAUUUCGGGAGUCACAAUGAGGAGACGGGCACCUGGAACUUGACCGUCGCAUGCAACGCGGACUGCAACUGCAAGGCCAACAAGAUUUCCCCCGUCUGUUGGAAGGAGAAGCAGACCAUCUUCUAUUCUGCUUGUCACGCGGGCUGCACCACGUUUCAGGAUGGCGGCGUCUCCAACUGUUCUUGCAUUGACGACCCCACGGCGAUCCUAACACCCGGCACUUGCAACGAGGGAUGUCUCACCAUGUUCCUCAUUUUCCUCGGAGUGAACGCUUUCAUCAAGUUGAUCGACUCUUCAGGUCGGAUCGGAAACAUGCUGGUCUCAUACAGAUGUGUGGAACCCAAGGACAAAUCUCUGGCAAUUGGGCUGAGCAUUUUCCUCAUCAGCGUGUUUGCCAUGCUGCCGUCGCCGAUCGUGUUUGGGAAACUGUUCGACUCGGUGUGCUUGGUGUGGGGGACGAAAUGUGGGGCGCGGGGGAACUGCUGGUUGUACGACGGGGCGACGUUGCAGUAUUGGUUCAACCUCACCGCAGCAGCUUUCACGGGGAUUGGAGCAUUUUUCGACAGUCUGGUCUGGAUAUACGUCAAGGACCUGGAUCUCUAUGAUGAAGAUAAAAACCAACGCAUCAGAGCAGAAAGUGCCAGAAUUAAAGCGAAUAAAAAAUAAAAUUUAUCCUCCAAUUACGUAAUUAUUAGUGAGUCCUAACGUUGCUCAUGUAAUAUUUUGUAAUAAUAAUAAAGUCCUAAAUCGGAAAUACU